AUGUCUUCGAAGAAGAAAACACCUCGCAAAGGAAAAAAAGGAAAAGGAAAAGUCCUAGUACCAAAAUGGAAACUGUUCCGAGCCAAAGAGCCGCUUCUUUCCGUUUUCAUGUGGGGUGUCAAUCAUUCAAUCAGUGAGCUGAUGCAUGUGCCACCGCCGGGCCUUCUGAUGCCGGAUGAUUUCAAGGCUUCUGUUAAAAUCAAAGUUGACAAUCACUUUUUUAAUAAGGACAACAUGCCAAGUCAUUUCAAAAUCAAAGACUACUGCCCAAAUGUCUUCCGAAAUCUUCGCGACCAUUUUGGUGUUGAUCAAAACGAAUAUUUGCGUUCUUUAACAUACGCAGAGCCGGAGACCGAACUGGAUCAAGUGGAGAAAAGUGGUCCUCGUUUCUUCAUAUCGCAUGAUAAGAAAUUCGUGAUAAAGUCAAUGGAUUCGGAAGCGGUUGCCGAGCUUCAUUCUAUCCUCAGAUCGUAUCAUGAAUAUGUGGUAGAGAAACAUGGCAAAACGUUGUUGCCGCAGUUUCUCGGGUUAUAUCGUCUUACUGUGGACGGAAAUGAGACGUAUCUGAUUGUAAUGCGCAACAUUCUCGGCCGGAAAUAUGCGGUUCAUCGUAAAUACGAUCUAAAGGUACGUUUUUUAGAACCUAUGUUGUAA